ACAGUCGUCAGCGCAUGUGCAGUAUCCAGUGUUUGGGAUAACGCGCUAGUAACCGAACUAGUCACGACAAACUCGCGCGCUAAUACACUCGCAUGUACGAUGAAAAUAUUUUAAAACGUGAAUUGUAAAAUUACGAGAUAAAUAUUAAAUUUAAAAAAAAAUAUUGAAAAUCAAAUGGCUAAAGGUAAAACUGUUAAAAAGUUUUAACUAUGCAACAGUUGAUAUGCUAUUAACAACUACUUCGUGUUGAUUGUAAUACUACAACUCCUUCAAGAUGAAAUACACAUGGAAACACGGAUUGUACUGCAUCUCGGCAUUUCUGGGAUCGGAGGAUGAAUCCGUCGAGAUCUUUAUGAAAUCCAGCUUGGGAAGCAUUUCCCCUUUGUUAUGGAGGAUACCAAUAUUUUUGUGGGCAACCAUCUCACUUUUCAUGUCAAUGAAUUAUUUCUGGGGGCCAACGAAACUAUUCUUUGUGUAUAUGACACAUUGGGGUCUGUUAUUCAUCGUCCUGGAAUCUAUGUUCGGUGUCAUCGUAGUACUAAGGAAACGCGGAAGACCAGAUGCUACAUUUGGCUUGCCUUGGUAUGUAAAAACGUACUGGGUUCUCUACAAUAUUUCAAUCCCGGUCGCCUUUCUCAUUACUGUGUUCUAUUGGGGAAUAUUAAAAUCAUCAUUGGACACAGUGAAGUUCUCACCGAAUCCUGUGCUGGACGUAAUGAUUCACGGCGUCAACUCCGUUGUAAUGUUCGUUGAGCUGAUGUUCUCGGCGCAUCCCAGUAGACUGCUACACAUCAUGCAACCGCUGUACUUCGCCGGAGCCUACAUGCUAUUCUCUGUCACUUAUUAUUUCGCUGGUGGAUUAGAUCCCUGGGGGAACAAAUUCAUCUAUCCAGUGAUAGACUGGUCAAAGCCAAAUCAAACGAUGGUAGUAAUUAUCCUCACGGCUAUAUUCCUUGCCUUAAUGCAUCUCAUCACCGUGGCAAUGGCGGCUGCUCGGGACUCCAUUACGAAGCAAUGUAAACCAGAUCCAACAGGAGUUUAUAAUGAUGGAUUCGAAUGUCCGAUCGCAAAAAUCGUCAGUUAUUACAAAUCCUUCGACAUGGGAAGAGUUAAGAAAUAUUUCAAAUCAGAAUUUCAAUUGAGCAAUUUUAAUUUAAACCACGAUGCUGCAUCGGACUUUUAUUUGUCUUGUUACCAGAGUAGCCGUUCAAGUGUGCCAUUGUUGUGUGUUAGGGCCUUGGUGUUCCUGGGAUCAGCUGGUAUUUUAAUGGCGUCAUUAAUAUUAACAAGCCAAAGUAUGACUUUCGGGUACUGGACAAUAUAUUUAACUCAUUGGGGAAUUAUUCUAAUUACAAUCACGUCGGGAGCGGCCCUCGCAGUUUCUUUGGUAUCAUUAAAAACUGGAUGUAUAGAAGCAUCAUUUGUACUACCGUGGUACGUGAAAGCGUACUGGGUGUGCUUCAAUAUCACAGUUCCUAUUGCGUUUUUUAUCACGAUAUUCUACUGGAGCUUACUGACCAAAACAGAAGAUGAAUAUGCUAUGGAUCCGAUUCUAGACGUGUUCAUCCAUGCUGUUAAUGCGAUCCUGAUGUUAGUUCUACUAAUGUUCUCUCGUCAUCCUGUACGAUGUCUACAUUUCCACCAUCCGCUAUUGCUCGGAGUCGUAUAUCUCAUCUUCAGCAUUGUUUAUUACUACGCUGGCGGAACUAAUCCCUUUGGUGAGCCGUAUGUGUACCCGAUGCUGGACUGGUCGAAUCCUGGGGUGGCUGCCAUUACAACUGUGGGCUCGGCAAUAUUUAUCAUCAUAGUACACAUCAUAAUUGUUCUCUUGUCAGUUGCAAGGGACAGCCUUACAAGACGUUUCACGAAGUACCCACACUCAUUGGACAUAUCUAAUGACCUAUACCAUUAAUAUUUUCCGUUCGAAAUCUCAUUACUAUAAUUAUUAGAGUGUGCUGUUAGGUAUUUUAUCGGCCAGAAUGUGGUAUUAAAAUAUACAUAUCGGAGAAAGUCAUUAGUUUGGUAGCUAAACGAAACGCAGCACGAUUCCCGGGAGAUGGUAGCACGAUUGCGGUAUCGUCGGAACUCGGCUAACUUCAUGCUACGACAGAGCCCAGGUCAUGGAGAAGCGUAGACGCCAUCGCACUUACCAAAUAGCCUUCUUGAAGAGCGGUGCCUGCGGCCUAAGAACUGUCAUUCGUUUUCGUUUGCUAACGUCAAGAGAAGAUUUCUAAAUUGUUCUAAGACAACAAACGUUAUUACGGCGGGAUGGAUGUAAUAUGCUCUGCGUAAACCCGGUCCCGCCGUCUCAAUAGCCCCGCCCGGUCCGGGGUAGUGCGCCGGCUGUGAGCGGCAGGAGUUUUUAGUGAGGUUCGACUCCCACAUACUCCACCUGCCGUACGGGUGGGAAGCCGGCAAUUUUCUCCUGUGGAAAAAAAGAAACGUUAAGACAUCAAACGUUAUUGAUGUACUCCAUAUUUCUCUUAGCUCGAUUACCCUAUUCGUCCCUAUGAUGUCUGACGAUGGUGUUAAUAAUGUGGUCUCUCCGACAUACAUAAUGUAUUGAAUUGGUAUUAGUAAAAAAGCGUUAAACUUUUUUUUACUUCAGUUCAGUAUAACCUUGUAUCAUGUGGCGAAUUUUUAGCGUUAACAUAAACAGGAAACAAUUUAUGAUUUGUAAAUUUCAAUAAGUUUCUUGAAGCAUGUAAAUUGUCCAAUAAUUCUUAACAAUUUAAUUAUAUCAAUAGUAAAAUGUAACUGAAUUGUAAAGCUAAAACUUAUAACCUCAUAAAUUCUGCGACAUAUAAGAUAUUCGUUCACAAUAAAUGUAAACAAGUUUUUUUUGUAAUUUUUACCCGACUUAAAACAAAAGGAAAUUCAGUGUUCACCUGUAAUUUUUGCUUCAGUUCUGUGUAUUUUUGUACGGAUAUUGGAACAAAUUAUUAUUUGAAAUAAAAUUAUUUUCGAAUGUA